GUCGAGUCGAGUCAAGUAAAGUCGGUUGGAGGUUUGGUAACGUGGUUCCGCGGAUGGUGCGCGUGCGAUCGGAACAACGCUUUCAAAAUUCUCUGGGAAAUCGCCGCAAUCCGUCUCCGUUCGUUCGUUCCUCGACCAGUGCGAUACGUUCGUCGACGCGUUUCCUCGGCUCGUGUGGGAACGUUUAGGUUACUUUACUCGUUUCUCGUUUCUGUUUCCGUUUCCGUUCCCCGAACGGUCCCGAUUUCGUUACAGCAAUCCGAUUCCACGGUGCGCGUCGCUUACCAGAUUUAGUCUACAAAGGAACCGCGUCGUUCUCGGCGACUCUGGUAGCGCGCGUCAAAUUCUUCGCAGUACCGACGAUAUGUUUAUUAACGUCGCGACGAGCCACGCGAGAAUGGAAAACGCUUCGCAAUCGUGCAAACCCUUCUAGUCGUAUGUGAAACGAUUAGCGACGGUUUCGCGGAUAGUGCGCAUGUAUUUGCGCAUCGCGCAUUUCUGCGCGAAAAUCUGCCAAUCCGAACAAUUUUGUACGCGGAAAGUGAAAUUAGUGGUCCGCGAAGAAAAUAGAUCCGACGGGGACUAACAACAUUCUGCCGAUCGAGUUUCGUUCCGCCGACACUUGUUCGCUUUCAAAUUGUGGUAAACACGCACGAAAACUGUUUCGGUGACUUGGAAUUUUUUUUGCAAUUCUUUGAUAGUGCUAGAGUAAACUUAUAUUAUCAAAGUUCGGGUUGUUGUGCGAUUGAGCGGACGAGACGCGCGUUUUCUGGGCCAUCGAUUGUCAAAGGGGGACCAUACAACCCUUCGUUGGGCCAUGCGAAAGAAAAGAAAAUAUAGAAACCCACGAAUUCUGAACGGUCCAGAAAAGAUAUUAUAGUAAUACUAAACAUGAUAUCGUUUGGGGUACGUGCAGGUAGUGUUGACAUCACGAAUCUCGAAGUAAUUUAAGAGGUCAGAUUAAAAAUGCCUGAAAUAUAUGAAACGUAAUCGAGCAAGACACCGCGUGACGGUAGAUUUUGGAACAAUAUUAUUUUCAAGUUUCCGUUCGCUUCCAACAAGGUCGAUUUAUUAACGUGCUUCGCGGUACGAGUUCGUUGACUGAUGCAGGGAAUCUUUAGAACGAUGUUUUUGCAUACUGACCGAAGCGCUUCGCUCGUUCGACGCGAAGUGUCCAAUUUGAAUUUUAAUAAUCGAAAACGAAAGUUGAUUUUCGAAAUGGACAAUUUUCCCUAAAAUCUUUUCGCUGAAAGAACGAUAGUCUCCGAAUUUCCACUAUUCUCAUCGAAUAGUAAAACAUCGAAUCUACCGGAAUUUCGAUUUUCUGAUUGUAGUAGUGUCUGGCUAUUUGGGAAUCCCGUCCAUUUCUCCCUCGAUUAUUUUCAUUCACCUCGAAUAAAUAUUAUUUUCCUUGCCGGUUCGGUAAUAUAUAUUUUCAUUGCCAGCGAGUAAAAAACACCAGUCGAAUGAAAUUUAAUUCGAGCAACCGCAUAAUUCGCGUCGACGUUGAUGUUUUAUGUUUCCUUAAAUUUUAUAUCUAAAGACGAAUAAAAAAUAUCGAAUCCCAGAUGCGAGAGAAAAACCGGAAAAGCCAGACGUCGAACUUUUUAGUUCCCGAGAGAGGAUCGACGAAAUGGUCUCUCGCCGUGGAAACGUCGCUUCUCGGAACGCGGCGCGACGCUUCGACCAGGGGAUUCAAAGAAUUUUCACCGCAACAAAAAGCUUCUAUUUCCGUAAAAUUACUCAUUAGAUCUAUUCUGGUAUCCCGUUGACUGUUUCCGAAGAUAUGUAUUAAGAAUUUCGCGCGACACGACGAUGGGUAGCGUUUAAAAAUCAGCGAUCGCGAUGCAGUUUUGCACAAUUUUCCCGGACGUUCGCGAAAGAAAUGCUGCCGUCGAGGAUCUAGGGCUCCUCUGGCACUGUGCGCGUUUCGUGCAUUUCUCCAAUAGAUCUCGAUGAAAGUGUCAGCUGUCUUCUCGAAAUUGGGGGCUCGCGCGCGUUUCUCUAUUUUUAGAUAAUCGCGCUUUGCGUUACAAAUAGGAACCGCGAGCGUUAUUAUCGUACGCUACUUCGCGCCUCACGACAAAACCGGUGUAUAAAGUAGAAAAGCAAACCUGCCGCGAGUCCCGUCGAUGUUUUGUCUUCGGCGAGAAGAAUCGCGUGGGCGAAUUAGCUGCUCUGUGUAGUUUAAAAGGAAAAAAUCACCGAGUGUAUAUACAAUUUUCAAUAUACGUAUGUACAUAUAAAAAACUUGUUCUGAUAAAAUUGAAGCUUAAAAAAUAUUAUCACUGGCGGAAUGUUAUAGUAGCAACUUAACAUAAAUUACACAACGGAAGACUAUUCUAGAAUGGCGAAAAAAUAUAUAUACGAAGGAUAUUUGAUUAUCCUAAACUCAGUUUUUGAUUCUUGUAAUUCAAAUAUUCUUGUAAAGUCAGUUUCGAAACGAUAGAUAAACAAUUUCGACGCUACUUUCCGGUAGUGCUUCGUUCGUAAUCACAGUGAAGAUGGUUUAUCGAAAAAACUUUAACAGUGAAUGUGAAUGGCGCGAUAUAUGGCGCUCGGUGUGAAAAGUGAACAUUUUCUCAGUCGAAACGACAAUUGUGAAAACCUGGUUUGCUUUCGGUUUAGAAAAUUACUUCGCCAAGAGAAUUUCGCCGAAUAUCUUGGAAACAUGAGCGAAUUAGGUGGCGGGUUGAACAUUUCGAAAAAGAUUAUCGUUCGAAAGUCCGGUUUUUCGAACACUUAAGACCAGAAGACCGACCAGCCGCGAGAGUUGGACAGAAUUUACGAUGCUUUGAACGAGGAAUAAUGUAUAGAAGAAGAUUGGCGGCGGCACUGGAUCCUAUCACUUCAAAGGAUCCUACGUUGCCGAGAUCGUUUAGCAAAAUCUUUCGAAGAUAACGCGACAAAGACUGUCCUUUGUCGAUCGAACGAAUCGGUUUUGGACAAAACUUCAAAGGAGAAAGUUAGGUAACCAGCCUGAAAUAGUCAAUAAGUGAUCGACAAUUUGUCUUGGAUUUCGAGGAUAGACGAAAGGGUGUCUUCGACAGCGAAAGAUGUGAAGAACGAGGAUCGAAAGGAUCGACGGACGAUCGUCGUGAUCCAGCGAUACCUGUUCGUCCAUUCCCACUGUCGAUCUUCGAGUCAAAAUGCUGGACAUAUUCCGAGGCUUGAAGAGCCUGAUCAAGAUCUCUCACGUGCACAUCGACACUGCCGUCUUCAGGUUGCAUUACAGCAUGACUGUCAUCCUGCUGAUCGCGUUUUCAUUAAUCGUCACGACGCGUCAAUACGUGGGCAAUCCGAUCGAUUGCAUACACAGCAAGGAUCUGCCGGAGGACGUGUUGAACACUUACUGUUGGAUCCACAGCACCUACACGAUCACCGCGGCUUACAGGAAGCGGGAAGGUUUCGAGGUACCUUUUCCCGGUGUAGACAAUUCAAAGUCGCAUCCAGAGAGCGAACGAAAGGAGUACAGGUACUAUCAGUGGGUCUGCUUCAUGCUGUUCCUUCAGGCGAUCCUUUUCUACACACCCCGAUGGCUGUGGAAAGGUUGGGAAGGUGGGAAAAUUCACGCGCUGAUGAUGGACCUCGACAUCGGUCUCUGCUCCGAGGUCGAGAAGAAGCAGAAGAAAAAGAUGCUACUCGACUAUUUGUGGGAAAAUCUUCGCUAUCACAAUUGGUGGGCUUACAGGUACUACCUCUGCGAAGUUCUCGCCCUGGUCAAUGUGGUCGGUCAAAUGUUUCUGAUGAACCGCUUCUUCGACGGUGCCUUUCUGACGUUUGGUAUCGACGUGCUCAGGUUCCUGGAAUCGGAUCAGGAAGACCGGGUCGAUCCAAUGAUUUACGUGUUUCCACGGAUGACUAAGUGCACCUUCUACAAAUACGGCGUCAGCGGUGAGGUCGAAAGACACGACGCCGUCUGCAUAUUGCCUUUGAACGUCGUCAACGAGAAAAUAUACGUAUUUCUCUGGUUUUGGUUCCUCUUUCUCGGCGUGCUCAGCUUCAUAACGGUUUUAUACAGGAUCGUAAUUAUAUUCUCGCCGCGAACGAGGGUCUACCUUUUACGAUUAAGGUUUCGUUUGGUCAGAAAGGAAGCCGUCGAGACGAUAGUUCGACGAAGCAAAGUAGGCGAUUGGUUCCUUCUGUACAUGUUGGGAGAGAAUUUGGACACGGUAAUAUACAGGGACGUGAUGCACGAAUUGGCAAACAAGCUCGCGUCCAGACACCAUCACAGCGUGCCUGGAAUCAAAGGAGAGCUUCAGGAAGCUUGAUCUAAAUUGCCUCGGAGAGCCGUGAAAAUUCAGACAAUUCUCGAGGCGAGAAGAAGAAUAUUUUUUAACGAAAAAUGGGGUUACAACGGAUGCCAAAUACGGAGAUCCAAGGACCAGGCACGAAACAGGAUGAAUCAGAUUUUAUUUAAUAUGCGAAGUGUGUGUUUUUCUUUUUUUAUCUUCUUUGUCAGCGACGAUUGCAUCGAUUCUUGUUUAUAAGUCUUAAUCGUUAUCCGUGUAAAAGACAAACGACCGGUGUACAUCGCGCAUUUAUCGAAUGGCUUCCGACGAUAUCUCUUUUUUUUUAUUUUCGAUCGUUCAAUUUGCAGAAUUCGCGUAGUCGCCUUUAGACGCCGCAUUCAAAUGGACCAUUUUGUAAUCGGUACAUUAACAAUUUCUUACAACGAACGAAACGUGAAUUAUGAGAAAAUGGUUUUGUCCGUCAAAGGUUCUAGCUGCCGAGGGCAUAAACACAUAUUCCCUCGUAUUUAAAUGUCUACCUCGUGCAGUUUCGUAAAAAUUCGAAGCAUGGAACGCUGCCAUUUUCUCAUAGAACGCUUGUUACAUCGAUAGGAACGAACUUACAGCGAGGAACAAUGUAUUUUCUUUCACAAAGACUGUGUUAACGUAAAUAAACUCGCGUGUAACUUUUA